AUGAUUCCAGUUAUUCUAGGGAAAUUGCCGCCAGAUUUCAGGACAAAUAUUACACGGGAAAACGGAAGUGAUGAUUGGAAUAUACAGAAACUACGAGACGCUAUUUGCAGAGAACUUUCAAUUCAAGAAUCAGGACAUAAUGAAUACAUGUAUCAACCGCCGACAGCUAAUCACACCGCAAAUUUUGUAGCAAGCGUUAAGAAGGAUUUUAACAAAAAUCGCCCACAAGGAACAACAUCGAAGUAUCAAGGUAUGAAAAAACCAAUUAAUUCCGCACAAAGAAAACGAGCUUGCACAUUCUGUGAGGGGGUCCACUUUUCCAAUGACUGCAAGGAUGUCGCCGAACAUGAAAGAAGAAUAGCCAUUAUUAAAGAAAAGAAAUUGUGUUUUAAUUGUUUUGGUACUCACAAAGUAUCAGAUUGUCGCUCUAAAUACGACUGUAGAAUUUGCCACCGUAAGCAUCAUACAUCAAUUUGCAAGAAAAAUACAACACAACAAUCAGAAGAUAAGGACACCACAGAAACUUCAAUGCUGUACACAUCAGCCAGUCAAGAAACUUCAACCGUUUUGCUGAAAACAGCAGUAGCUCAGGUAAUGUCGGUGAAUAAUACAGCAGAGGCAAACAUACUUUUCGACGAGGGUGCACAACGGUCUUUUAUUACUGCAGACUUAGCUACUAAAUUAAAUGUACAAAAAGAGGGAUCCGAAAAUCUGAAUAUUGUUUCUUUCGGGAAUAAAACUAGCGGUAUUAGAAAUUUAGACAAAACCACAGUACAGUUGAAAGCCAAUAAUGGAGAGAUUAUACCUAUACAAGUACUGAUAGUACCCACCAUAGCAUCACCGCUUCAGAGCCAGAGUAGAAAAAUUACGCAGGGACUUCACUAUCUACAUGGCUUAUCUCUAGCCCACCCCGUUACAGACGCAGAGUCUUUUGAGCUUACUCUUCUAAUUGGAGCAGACUUUUAUUGGAAUAUAGUGCAAGAUAAAAUAAUACGUGGAAAUGGUCCGACUGCUGUAAGCUCUAAACUUGGAUAUUUGUUGUCAGGUCCAGUUCCAGUCAAGAACAAUAACCAGUCAACUUCAAUGAUGAAUGUUUUGAUAUCUCAUAAACAGGAAACUUGCGAUUUAGAGAAAUUUUGGAAACUGGAGUCUUUAGGAAUUGACGAAAAGGAAGUUGAUACGCAAUUGAUAGAUGUCAUGGAAACCUUUGCCGAAUCGUCCAUUACAAAACAAAAUGGGAAAUAUGUGUCCAAACUACCAUGGAAAGGAAACUGCCCGGAAUUACCAACAAACAAAGAGAUCGUCAAAAGAAGAACAGAAAAUGUAAUACGUCGUAUUUCAAAAGACAAAGAAAUGUUCCGAAUGUAUGGAGAUAUUAUAUCUGACCAAGAACGGAGAGGUUUCAUAGAAGAGGUAAGCGAUGAGACUCUUACUGAAAAUCUUAUUCAUUAUAUACCACAUCACGCUGUCAAGAAGGAUUCCACAACCACGCCUGUACGAAUAGUUUAUAACUGUAGCUGUAAAGCAAAUUCUUACAGCGCUAGUCUCAACGAUUGUUUAGCAGAAUACCCGCCUAUGAUGAACGACCUUACUACAAUUUUGACACGCUGUAGAAUGAAGAAAUAUGCAGUGACAGCUGAUAUAGAGAAAGCAUUUCUACACAUAGAAUUAGACGAAAAUGACAGAGAUGUUACGAGAUUCUUUUGGUUACAGAACCCCAACAAUCCGAACAGUCCAUUAAUAACUUACAGGUUCAAAGUAGUAUUGUUUGGUGCAACCUGUUCACCCUUCAUUUUGAGUGCUACAUUGAUGAAACACUUUAAGGAAAACCCAUCUAACACAUCCCCAGAACUGCAAAGGAACAUAUAUGUAGAUAACAUUCUAACGAGCUUUCCUGACGAGACAACUCUACUCAAGUUUUAUACAGAAUCUCGCACAUUAUUACACGAUGCCGGUUUUAACUUGAGAUCAUGGAAUUCUAACAAUGAAAACUUACGAAAUAGAGCAAUACAGGAAAAGGCAGGAGACGAGGACCAGACAGUUAAAAUACUUGGGAUGCGCUGGAACACAAAAUCUGAUAAUAUUUUGUAUAAUCAACUUACUUUGACAGAAAAUGAUGAUAUACCAUUAACAAAACGAGAAGUGUUGCGCCAGUCGUCAAGAAUAUUUGAUCCGAUUGGAUUAAUAUCACCAGUUACUGUGACAUCAAAACUAUUUAUGCAAAGAUUAUGGAAAGAGAAGUUAAAUUGGGACGAACUAUUACCGAGUACUUUAAAAGAAGAAUGGAAAGCGAUCGCUACGGAAAUAGAAGAGGCAACAAAAACAGAAAUUUCCCGCCAAAUAACACCUGAAUCUGAUGCGCAAGAGGAGACUGAACUUCAUAUAUUUACAGACGCCAGUCAACAAGCAUAUGGCGCGUGUGCCUAUUUAGUCAAAGGGAACACGUCUAGUCUAAUCAUUACAAAAAACAGAGUCGCUCCGGUAAAAACUAUAACUUUGCCACGUUUGGAAUUAAUGGGUGCGCUGAUUGGCGCCAGAUUAGCAAACUAUUUAGUAGGAUUUAUUGACAUAAACAAGAAAUAUUUUUGGAGUGACAGUCAAAUAGUGUUGAGUUGGAUAUCGUCAACAAAAACGUUACCUACAUUUGUGUCUAAUCGUCUCAAAGAAAUUCGAAAAUUGGCCGCAAACAGUGAUUGGAGAUAUUGCCCAACAGACCAAAACCCAGCAGAUUAUCUUACCCGCGGAAUUACGGCAAAACAGCUCAUGAAUAGUGCACUUUGGAUAAAGGGACCAAAAUGGAUCGCCACCAAGACAGAAUGGCCAAGCUGGACAAGAAAUGUGGAAAACUGUAACACAUUUUCAACAAUUACAGAGGAAUAUAUGGACGUUGAGAUACAUGUACCAAAGACAAGUUGUAUUCAAAUUGAAAAAUAUAGCUCGUUAAGUAAAUUGGUUAGAAUAACAGCAUAUGUGUUAAGAUCUAUUCGUAAUCUGAAGACCCGUAAAAGCGAGCGAACGAUUGGAAUACUCAGCAUUCAAGAAAUCGGAGAAUCCGAAAUUACACUUAUUCGUAAUGUUCAGCGGACGACAUUUGAACUCGAGAUUGAUAGUUUGAACCCAUCAUCGAAACAUAAAGUUGCUAUAGUUAGACAACUUAGACUUUAUUUGGACGACAACGGAUUAUUACGCUGCGGAGGAAGACUAAACAACGCACCAUUAGAUUAUAAUACGAAGUAUCCAAUUUUGUUACCAACGAAACACCAUUUUACGUCAUUGAUAAUUAGAGACAUGCAUCACAAAAAUCUACACUCUGGACUAAACAGCACAAUUGCGCAUAUUCAGCAGAAGUUUUGGAUUCCGAGAAUUCGUCAAUGUGUGAAAUACCAUCUUAGAAAAUGCUCACAGUGCAAUAAAGUAACAGGAAAACCUUACCGCGCACCUGAGCCACCGCCGCUUCCGAAAGAUAGACUUAAAAUAACAUUGACUGCACAACUUAUAUUUGCCUGUUUACAUGUGCAGCAACACGAGCAGUACAUCUUGAAAUUGUACCGGAUAUGA